GUUUGAUGUUAUCACAAGAACUUUGUAAAAUAUUUACACAUAUCUCACAUGAGCACAAUUUCUCCCACCCCUUGGUGUUACCAGGCGAUUGGUCAACAAAGAAACAACAGUUACUCCGUUAGAAUUUUUCCCCUAUGACAGAUGAAUUAUGGAGAGCACAGCAGCUUCGAUCUUAACGAGAGCGGUGGAAAUGGACAAGAAGGAGCAAUACACAUUAGCUCUGGUGCUGUAUCAAGAGGGCUUGCAGAUUUUGUUGGAUUCCAUGAAAGACUUGAAAGACCCAACUAAGAAGGAGCACUUCCACUCGAAAGCGAACCAGUAUUUCAAACGCGCUGAAGACGUAAAGACAAUGAUAAAAAAGAAAAAGGAGGAGGGAAAAUACAGAGAGCAAAUGAGAAUAGAAGCAGGGAGUGUGGGUCAUGGGUACAACAGUCUUUUCGGAAGAUUUCUCGAUGCCACCGUCACACAUGUGCGCAUCGAGGACCCCUACAUCAGAGCGUAUCACCAGUGCCUGAAUCUGGUUAGAUUAUGUGAACUAGCAGUUCAGAAAUGCUCAUCAUUGUCAAAAGUCUCUCUCAUUACCACUCAAGAUCCCGAGGAUGGCAACAAUCAGAGGAAAAGAUUGGAGGAGUUGAGACAAAGCUUGGCUAGUCGACUAGUCACCCUUGAAUUUGAAUUUUCCGAUACACUCCAUGACAGACAAAUCUCAUUGAGCAACGGUUGGGUGAUAAAAAUCGGACGUGGUCUAGAUUACUUCAAACCCCCUGAGGGUAAAUUUAUCCUCGGAGCCUGUGACCUCGAUCUCCGGCCGUGUCUGGAGACGACAAUUGACAUAUUCCACAAGAGUCAUCUGGAAAAAUCGUUUUAAGUCCCCCUCCUUCCUCCCCCAAACACGAAUCCUUUCUACAAUAAUUUGUUUUCUUCUAAAAUAUAUUUAUAUGGCACUGAA